GUGAGGAUUCUCGCCCUCGACGUAGGAGACAAACGCAUCGGCGUCGCCGUCAGCGACCUGCUGGGCAUUCUCGCGUCACCGCUCAUCGCAAUCGAACGCACGUCGGACAGUAAGGCCAUCGACGCAAUACUGGAAAUCGCCGACGAACAGGAAGCGGGCGAAAUCGUCGUCGGUCUCCCCAUCUCGCUGAGCGGCGGGUACAGCGAUCAGACAAAGUCUGUGGCCGCGUUCGUACGGAAGCUGAGGCCCGUUCUCCGGUUCCUGUGA